UCACUUCUGCUGCUUUAUUGAUCGGCGCUUGCAUUUCCAGCAGCAAUGGCCACGUCGAUCAAGUCGCUGGAAGCUCUGGCCUUGAUGGCGCUCGCCGUGUUCGCCAAGGCCGCCGUCGCUGCAGGCGAUGCGUCGUCGUCCUGCCCCAAGCUCACCCUCCACAACCUCUGUCCAUACCCGGUCUGGCCGCUCGUCACCGCCAACGCUGGGUACCCCUCCGUCACCGGCACCGACGCCCGCCUCGACGGGAACGGCGAGGGCCUGGUGACCAUGGCGCUGCCGCAAGGCGUGUGGUCGGGCCGCGUGGUGGCGCGCACGGGGUGCGCUGACGACGACUGCUCUCCGAAGUGCGAGACCGGCGACGCGCCGCCGGCGACGGUGGCGCAGGUGAGCGUGGGUGGGUACGGCGGGCUGGCGGCGUACAGCGUGAGCCUGGUGGACGGGUUCAACGUGCCCAUGGUGGUGACGCCGCACAACUUCGCGGCGGGGGCGCAGUGCCCGACGCUGGGGUGCGCCGUGGACCUCACCCAGGACCAGGAGUGCUGCCCCGGCACGCAAGCGGCGCUGUUCAAGGCCAAGUGUCCCGACACGAGGACAACCUCCACGGACGUCGAGGCAACGCCGCAGGACUGCAUCGCGCCCGGUGAGCUCAAGGUCGUCUUCUGCCCGGCACAGGACUGCACGGCCAGUUGUAACUAGCUAGGCGUGUACGCCCUGGUCGCUCGUUCACUUGGCGCAUGUACGUGUUUUGCAUAUGGAUCAGACGUGUUCACAUCGUCCUGCACUGCUCCAUGUAUGUGUAGUUGUGUACCAAUUGUGUGAAGGAGCUAAUAAUAAGGAGCGCUUUGUAUACCGGCCUGUCUCAGAAAGUGGAUGGCAUGUUGUCAUCAGCAGGUAGAUAGAAGAAAUACAGAUUUAAGCUGUUUGCAUUGU